UCGUUACAUAUCAAUGUGAUGAACUAAAUUAUUGCGGUUUAACGGGCAAACCCUAAUAUACAUUAUCCUCGUUUCCAUUUCGAAACGUCCUCGAAUUCCUCCAAUUUUCUCAGAAAUUCAAUACGGUGUCCAUUCAAUUUGCUUGUUUCCUGGUCCAAUCGAUUACCAUCUCAUGGAGUCGAACUCCGUGAUUCAGUCGGAAGCGGAAGCGAGGAACUGGCUUGAUCUGCCUGCAGAAGUAAUGUCUAUGAUAUUACUGAAGCUUGGCGCCAUUGAAAUCCUCACCAGUGCUCAAAACGUCUGCUCUUCCUGGCGUAAGAUCUGCAAGGAUCCUCUCAUGUGGCGUGUCAUCGAUAUGCGCAAUUCGGGUAAUUUGUAUGAUAUGGAUCACGAUUUGGAGAUCAUGUGCAGGCACGCUGUCGACCGUAGUUGUGGCCAAUUGAUCGACAUCAACAUUGAGUACUUCGGCACUGAUGAGUUGCUCCAAUACAUCACUCAGAGUUCAAAUCAACUUAGAAGACUCCGGCUUGCAGAUUGCUAUGACAUCUCAGAUGAGGGAUUGACCGAAGCAAUUUCAAGACUUCCAUUGUUGGAGCAUCUUGAAAUCUUCAUCUAUUCAUUUGAUGUGGAAACUUUGAAAACUGUUGGACGGUGUUGCCCUCUUCUGAAAUGGCUGAAACUGAUUGAAGAACAGUAUUGGAGAGAAGAUAUGGUGACUAACAAGGAGGCUCUUGCUAUUGCUGAAACUAUGCCCAAGUUACGUCACCUUCAGAUAAUUGGUAAUGGCCUAACUAACAUGGGAUUGCAGGCCAUUCUUGAUGGCUGUCCUGAUUUAGAGUCUCUUGACUUGCGCCAAUGUUUCCAUUUAAAUUUGAACGGACAAUUGGGAAAAGAAUGUGCUGAAAGAUUCAAAGUUUUGCAUCUACCUCAUGAUCGUCUCACUAAUGGUCACGAGUGUACUAACAAAACUAUACAUUUUGGAGACCAUGAUUCUGAAGAUGAAGAUUCGAUUGAUUUCUCGGGCAUUGAUCACGAUUACUAUGAUUUCUUAGUAGACAGUGAUUUCUUAGAUUAUGACGACUCCACAAGAAUCAAUUACUCUGACUAUGAGGACUUCACAAAACUCGGUCUCUUUGACCAUGAUGAUGACUCCAUGGAAUAUUAUUAACAUUUGUCAAGUUAGAUUUAGAUGAAGUACAACUUGGAGGCUAUCUGCAAGCACAAUGUUGACCGUAGUCGUAACCAAUUGGUUGAAAACUUGAAAUCAACAUUGUGUACUUUGGCUUCGAUGAAUUGCUCCAAUACAUCAGUCAGAGUUCAAAUCGACUUAGAAGACUCCGGAUUGCAUUUUGCCAUGACAUUUCAGACAAGAGAUUGUCUGAAGCAGUUUCAAACCAUCCAUUGUUCAUUUUUUGUGGAAACUUUGAAAGCUGUUGGACAGUGUUGCCCUCUUCUGAAAUUGCUGAAACUGAACAAACAGUUCUCCGGAGGGAUGGUUUGUGACAAUGAGGCCCUUGCAAUUGCUGAAACUAUGCCUAAGUUGCAUCAUCUUCAAAUAUUGUGCAAUGACCUAACUAACACGGGCUUGCAGACCGUUCUUGAUGGCUGUCUUGAUUUAGAAUCUCUAGAUUUAUGCCAAUGUUUUAAUUUAGAUUUAUUGGCGGGAUAGUUGGGACAAAAAUGUGCUGAUAAGAUCAAAAUUUUGCAUCUAGCUCAUGAUCACGACGAUGGUUAUUCUAGUGAAAUUAGCUUUGUUAGUGAUCGUGAUCAUUAUGACGAUGGUACUGGCAACCACUUUGGUUUUCCAGGGUAUGUCAAUUACUCUGACUAUGAGGACUUCACAAAACUCGAUUUAUUUGACCAAUGAUGACUUCCCAGAAUAUUAUUAACAUUAGAUAGGUUAGAUUUAGGAGGUUAUGUUGGAAAGCCCUGUGUUUUUACCUCUUUCGAACUUCAAGACUAGUAUGAGAAGUUUCUCUUUUCAGAGUGAGUAACAACUCAACCUGCCCUUUUGUUUUUUGGGUUUGUCAUUUUGAUAUAUGAGUUACUUUUGGAAGACAAGUGUAGAAAUUUAACUAACCAUGUGUUGGAAUGUUCUUAUACUUGAACUAAUGGAUGUAUUUCCAUGUCAAAAGAUUGGCUUCAAAUUA